AUGCUUCUACAAUCGCCCUUCCCUUCAGAGGACACUGCUCUGAACGAGGAUGAUGUGUACCGAAGCCUUGAGGAGCUGGCUGAUGAGCAUGAUGUCGGGGAGGACGACAUCUACGACUGUGUUCCCUGCGAGGACGAUGGUGAUGACAUCUAUGAGGACAUCAUCAAGGUGGAAGUACGACAGCCCAUGAUCAGAUACAUGCAGAAGAUGGGCAUGACGGAGGAGGACAAGAGGAACUGCUGCCUGGUGGAGAUCCACGAGACCGAGGCCAAGUACUACAAGACUCUGGAAGAUGUAGACAAGAACUACAUGAUUCCCCUGAAGCAGGUUCUCAGCCAGCAAGACAUGGAGGCCAUCUUUGUUAACCUGGAGGACAUCAUUAGGGUCCACUUGGCACUGCUUAAGGCAGUCGACCUCAACAUGCUGAGUGGGGGUAGCGGCCUGGCCAAGAUCUUCCUGGACUUCAAGGAAAGGCUGCUGAUCUACGGGCUGUACUGCAGCCACAUGGAGAACGCCCAGAAGACCCUGGACGAGCUCAUCGCCACGCGAGAGGACGUCAAGAUGAAGGUGGAGGAGUGUACCAUGAAGGUGCAGGAGGGGAAGUUCAAGUUGCAGGAUCUGCUGGUGGUCCCCAUGCAGAGGGUCCUCAAGUACCAUCUCUUACUGAAGGUACCUGUUGAGUCAUCUGCGGAUCGUCCAGAACGACAACAACUAAAGGAGGCUUUGGAGGCCAUGCAGGACCUGGCCAUGUACAUCAACGAGGUGAAGCGAGACAACGAGACCUUGAAGAAGAUCAGCGAGUUCCAGAGCUCCAUCGAGAACCUUCAGCAGGUGAGGCUGGAAGAGUAUGGCAGACCAAAGAUAGAUGGAGAGCUGAAGGUUUCCUCCAUCGUCAACAGAAACUAACAGGACCGGUACAUCUUCCUGUUUGACAAAGUGGUCAUCGUGUGCAAGCGUAAAGGCUACAGUUACGAGCUCAAGGAGAUCAUCGAGCUGGAGCCGUACAAGAUGUCCGACGACCCCAUGAACAACAGAGACCUGAAGAAGUCAAGUGGAAAAAUGUGGUCCUAUGGGUUCUACUUGAUCCACCUGCAGGGGAAACAGGGCUUCCAGUUCUUCUGCAAGACCGAGGACACCAAGAGGAAGUGGAUGGAGCAGUUUGAGAUGGCCAUGUCCAACAUCAAGCCGGAGAGGGCAACGGCCAAUCAGCACAACUUCCAGAUGCACACGUUUGAGAAGAACACCAACUGUCGGGCCUGCAAGAUGCUGCUGAGGGGUAUCUUCUACCAAGGUUACUUCUGUUCUCGCUGUGGCACAGGGGCACACAAGGAAUGUCUGGAAGUCAUCACCAUCUGUAAAAUCAAUCCCCUGGAUUUGGAACCGGAGCUAUCGACAGGUCCUAAGAUGGUGGCGGUGCGUAACUAUCACGGGACACCCGCCCCCCCGGGGAAGCCCCCCCUCUCCCUCCAGACGGGGGACUUCAUCGAGCUGCUAAAGGGCGACCCUGACACCUCCUGGUGGGAGGGUAAGAUCAUGCAGACCCAGAAGAGUGGCUUCUUCCCCAGCUCCUGUGUGAAGCCAUUCCUGGACCCCAAGCCCAUCCAGUCCUUCCCCGCCCGCCAGUCGUCAAGGGAAACGGAGUACUACGGCUACCCCUGGUUUGCCGGGAACAUGGAGCGACAGCAGGCGGACAACCUGCUCAAGUCCCACAGCAGCGGCACCUACCUGAUCAGGGAGAGGACGGCGGAGGCCGAGAGAUUCGCCAUCAGCAUCAAGUUCAACGAGGAGGUCAAGCACAUCAAGGUGAUCGAGAAGGACAGCUGGAUACACAUCACAGAGGCCAAGAAGUUUGAGAGCCUGCUGGAGUUAGUAGAGUACUACCAGGCCCACUCCCUGAAGGAGAGCUUCAAGCUGCUGGACACCACGCUCCGUCACCCCUACAAGGCCAGGGAGCGCUCCCUCACCCGGGCCAGCUCACGCUCGCCAGCAGCCACCUGUGCUUCCUACAACUUCUCCUUCCUCAGUCCUCAAGGUCUCAACUUCUCCUCCUCUCAGAGCUCUGCUCCCUUCUGGUCAGUGUUUACCCCCAGAGUGGUGAGCACGGCAGUGGCUCGCUACAGCUUCGCGGCGCGGGACAUGAGAGAGCUGUCGCUCCGAGAAGGAGACGUCGUGAAGAUCUACAGCAAGAUCGGAGGAGACCAGGGCUGGUGGAAAGGAGAGGCCAACGGAAGGAUCGGGUGGUUUCCAUCCACCUACGUCGACGAGGAAGGAGUCCAGUGAGGAAAUGAUGUCACCGGCAGGCCGUCCAAUCACAACACACCUCAAUCCACAGGCCUCAAAGAGGACUACUUGGUCUCCAGGGAAACACUGCGUGGAAUUAUUUUUCAGCUGGCUACUGGUUUUCUCAGCGGGCGUUUGCGCUCCGGGUCCGACCCCCCCCCCUCUCUCUCUCUCUCUCUCUCUCUCUCUCUGUGCAUCGGCUUUGAUUUUGUUAUUUUUGUACCAUGUUGUCCUGUUUGUUCUCUGUGAGGAAAAACUGGAUUUUAAGUCUUAGUUCUGAGGAGGCUUUCAGGAACUGAGUUGACGAAGCUGAGAAGUUGACCCCUGCAGACUGUCCUCCCAGGGGAGUAUGGUUCUCUCAGCUACAGGUCUUUGGGAAGGGGUGCGGGGUAGCAUAAUGUACAGUAUAGAUAAUUUAUUUAAUAGAGAUACUAACGUUUAUUGUGCGAUGUUGAUGAUUAGCUGCAGCAAAGUAUACAGUGAGUCAAGAAGAAGAAGAAGAAAAAAAGGAUACAGAUUUUUUGUGUCUCUUCGCUGGAAGAUUUUGCCUUAGUUGUCAUGGUGAUGCCUUGUGGGCUGACAGGUGGAGGGGGGGGGGUUGUUUUGUCCUGCGUACACACACACACACACACACACUUUCCCUGGUCAACAUACAGUACGGUGCCUUGAAGACGUGGUCAAUACUCACUGAACUCCCAUCGACCAUUCCAGUACAGCACCUUCCUCGGCAGAGGGGUUUCUCCACAGAGCGGAGGGGCAGGAGGAGCCCUUCCAACACGUCAGCCUCCAGCCCACCAAGACCCUCACAAGCACGACGGGGGAGACGGUUCGAUCGCCCGGCGGAGGUGGAGACUGUCCGGGGGAGCUGGGGCUGAGGAGGGGGAGAGAGUCUGCAGCUGAACCCCAAAACCCUCCACCGACACAGGCCUGGGAACUGGGACGCCAGGCCUGGCCUGGAGGAAUCCCACCAGUUUCCGGCAGCACUUUAUGGGUUUUCACAAUCACCAGGAUGCAAAAGGGAAACUUCAAGCCAGUCCACGACACACCUGAUGCACUGAAACCUAGGUGUUCACUGAUUGAUCUUUUUUUUGUUUUUUCUUAUUUGUUGUUGAUUUUUUUUGUCUGUUUGAUUUUCUUUUUUUUUUGCACAAAACCAAACUUAACUUGCUGAAAACUGGACCACCUUAAAUCGUUUGAAGCCAGAUGUCUGCAUGAACCUUGGCCUGAACAGGUUGUUUUUUGUGUUUGUAUUGUUUGCCUUAUUUACAGUUGAUUAUGUGGUGCUGGGAUUUUGACAUUUGGAAAAAGAAACUUACAAAAAUAACAAAAAAAGUGUCAUGUCAGAGUUUAUAUACUGUAGACUAGUAGCUGCAGGAUGUUCCUGUUCCAGGAUGAACCAAGAUAAGAUGAUAACAAUCUUUAAUCACCCACACCAAUGUUGGUGUGUUCGUCGGAGGUCAAAGUGCAGACAAAAAACCAUUCAUCCAUCGUCUGUGCUCCCGGAUACAUGGUAGGUGACCUUAAAAGACUUGAUUUCAAAACAAGCAGAGAGCCUGGUUUCUCCAACCUAAUUCCACGGUCUUUGGGAUGUUUAACGCGAAGCGAUUUUUGGAUCCCGAGGUCAGGUUGUCCAAUGUGAUUGGUUCUUAAGCUCCUGGGGGGCGGAGCUUGUUUUCGGACGGUGCAGAAGGCUUGUGAACCCCUGGGUCGGAUGUAUCCACGCCUGUUCUAUAAGUUUCCUCAGAACCAGGCCUCCCAUGGUCCGAAACCCCCUGCAGCCCCUGACUGAGCACAAGGAGAGAAGCACUGAUGCAGGAGAAGACUAAAUAUUCGGUUUAUCCCUUUGACCUUGGAUGAUGUGAGUUUUUCCAAAGCAGGCCCCCUCAACCCUACACCCCCAUACACCGCCCCCUCACCACCCCAGACCCCACUAACUGACGCUGGGUGAGGGGGGGCGUUGUCCUGGCUGUUUCUGUAGUGGAGAAACCCCCAUUGCAUGUGGUUAUAAAUAUUCCAACUCCUCAGUCAGUACGUCCUCAAAAGAUUACGUAAUGUGUACAUUUUUUUGGGAAGGUGGAGUUUUUCCAAAAUGAGGUCUAUCAUCAAAAUAAAUAUUUCUCUUUUUGCCUA